AUGAUACUAAUAAUUUCACCCAACUCUGCUUUUGAUGUUAUCCAGAAAACGGACGUUGAAGAUUGCAGGGGAACAGAGACUGGGGAAUUGUUAGCACCACAGACGAGACCCAAGUGGAAUUUAUCUCUGCUUCUUGGGAAAAUGACUAAGUGGUAUCUCAUUGUACUUGUUUUCUCGGCAAUUCUAGCUUCACAUGCUUCAGCCCAUACCGAUCCUCUCGAUGUCCAAGCUCUUCAAGAUCUGUAUGCAGCCCUAAACAGCCCACCACAGCUCAAGGGAUGGAAAUCGAAUGGUGGGGAUCCAUGUGAAGAAUCAUGGAAAGGAGUUUCAUGCUCUGAGUCAUCGGUUAUCCAUAUUUCACUUAAUGGACUAGAGCUCAGUGGAGGGCUUGGGUUCCAGCUCUCCAAUCUCCAUAGUUUGAAGCAGCUGGAUCUUAGCUCCAACCACAUUCAGGGUGAAAUUCCAUACAGCUUACCUCUUAACGUCACUCACUUGGAUUUGUCAUACAAUAACUUAACUGGAGAUCUACCUAGUUCAUUUGGAUCUUUGACAAAUCUUACAAGAUUGUUUUUGCAGAGCAAUGAAUUUUCUGGAUCAGUAAUAUUUUUGUCUGACCUCCCACUGUCUGAUCUGAUUGGGGGUAAUAGAUUCGAGAAAGGAAGGAACUAUAAACCCUGGAAUUUUCCUUUGGACUUUGUGCCCAAUGAGCCGAAUAUUAGUAGUCCACCAACCAGCGAAUCAAGUGCCAUUGAGAGCUAUCCCUCUCACAAAGACAGCGGAUACAAAAAGAAAAGAUUAGGUGCUGGUGGAAUAGCUUUUAUGGUUGGUGGAGGUACUCUAGUGGCAACCUGUGCAGCACUUGUCAUUGUGGUCCGUAUUCAUCUAGCUAGUGCAAGAAAACUCAGAAAAACGGAGAGCAUUGAGAGUUCGCGACCUUCUAUUCCAACCAAUACAGCCAGAGAUUAUUAUUUUACUGCUCCGGAGGAGAGCCCACAAAUCUUGGGUAUAAACUCUCCUCCAAUGAUUGCCCCAAGACAUCUACCUCCAAUUCGUACAAGAACCGUGAGAGUGUCUAGAAGAAGUUUUUCUAAGAAGUUGAAGAUCCCAAUUUUUGCACGACUCUACACCGUGGCAGAGCUUCAAUCAGCAACAAAUAGCUUCAGUGAAGAAAGCCUUCUUGGAGAGGGAUCCCUUGGUUCUGUAUACAGAGCAGAAUUCCCCAACGGACAAAUUUUUGCUGUGAAGAACAUCAAUACAGAAGCACUGUCUCUUGUUGAAGAAGAACAAUUCUUAGAAGUGAUUCGAAAUGCAGCCCGUUUGAAGCACCCAAACAUCGUAACACUUCUUGGAUAUUGUGUAGAACAUGGUUUGCAUCUCCUUGUGUAUGAGUAUGUCAGAAACUUAUCUCUCGAUGAUGCUUUGCAUAGCGAAGCAUUCAUGUCUCUGUCCUGGGCCCUCCGUCUCCAAAUUGCUGUUGGUGUAGCUCGAGCCGUGAACUAUUUGCACACUGCAUGUGUGCCUCCUCUUGCUCAUAGCAACUUAAAGGCCGCUAACAUUUUGCUUGAUGAAGACCUUACGCCUCGUGUCUGUGACUGCGGGCUGGCUGUUCUGAGGUCCCUUACCAGCAACAGUGUUAAACUCAAGGCUUCUGAAAUGGCUAUCCGCGAUAGUGGCUACAUUGCACCUGAACAUGAGCAGCCUGGAAUUGGUAAUACAAAGGGUGACAUCUAUGCUUUCGGAGUGUUGCUUUUAGAGCUACUAACUGGGAAAAGGGCUUUUGACAGUUCGAAACCAAGACAAGAGCAAUCUCUGGUAAAAUGGGCUUCGUCCCGGCUUCAUGAUAACAGAUCUUUGGAACAGAUGGUUGAUCCAGCCAUUAAAAGGAUGAUUUCCUCCAAGGCUCUCUCUAGAUAUGCUGACAUUGUCUCUCUCUGUAUUCAGCCUGAGAAGGAAUUCCGACCACUGAUGUCUGAAAUAUUGGAGUCUCUGACAUGUCUACUACAAAAUCCCAGAACAGUCAAAAGCAUUCCAGCAGAUGGCACUGAAGGUGCCGACCCUUUUGAGAGGUCUUUCCGUUCUACUAACACCAGCUUCUUCGGGUCGCCUACCGAUCUCUACCAUCAGCUCAUCAAUUCUUUUUAUGUUGUUACUGUUUUGUGA